CUGAUGAUAAUAAAAUUUGUUUAAUUUCGGCGUGCAAGAACGCUAAGAAGCCAUGAAAAUAAUUAAUUUAUAGGACUAGCAAGCAGCGUCAUCGACCGUCGCCUAUCCAUUAAAAAAAAAACAAAAUCACAACAACAAAAAAAUAACAAGUCGAUGUGGGAUAUAAUUUUUUCUGGUUUAAAUGUUAUAACGAAGCUACUACUCCCUAAUUUAACUCAUGAUGUUCGGUUACUCGCGAAGUACACAUUUUAAGUAUAUUUAAUUCUAAUAAUGUUCAGUAGGUGUUGCAGAAUCUGAACCAUAAAAAUGGUACACAUAUCAUCCCUCUGCAGAAUAUGCCUGACUUCAGACGUGAAUAUGCACGUUAUAGCCCAAACGCCGCUCCAAGAAGUUUACGAGAAACUUACCAAUGUUCCAUUGCACACAGAAAUGAGGCCUAUAGCGACUUGCUACAUCUGUUUCGCGAGAUUGAAAAACACGCAAAAGUUGAUACAGACCUCGCUAAGAGCCGAGAAAUUACUCAGAGGCAUCUUGGAAAGCAAUCAGCCCACCACAACAGAGUUUCUAAAUGUUAUCCAAUCAAAGAACAACCUGACAAUACACAUUGCACCUGUUGAAUGUAUAACUGUCGCUGAAGAACAAAUAACUAAUAGUGAAGAAGUCAUAACAGCUGUUGAAGAAGGCGGUCCAGUGAAAGUUGAACAGGAAACGGUGACCGUGAAGACUGAAAGAACAGCAGAAACAUCGGAACCAAAUGGAAUUCCACUGUCAGAUUUAGACAAUGGCGGUUUUACUGACUCCGAUGAUGACGUGCCACUGAAGAAUAUCAGUAUGAAACAAGACAGAAAGGGAAGUUUGAAGAGAACGGACGGGAAAGGCCGGAAAUAUAAAACAGCAUUCAAAUUGAACGCGAAAGAGAUUAUACUUACGAAAGAGGAACAAUUGAACGAAAUGAAUGCGCGUGCGUCGUCGUCCAAUUACAUGGACUCGCCGUACAAAUGCGUUUUGUGCUACAAGGGUUUCGUCGACGACCAGGCGUAUAGCAACCACAGGGAGAAACACGCCGAGAGCAGCGGCGAUCACGAGUGCGACAUAUGUCAUAUGCGAUAUCGCACCGCGCGCCACCUCAGAACUCAUUCUGCGACGUCGCACUUCAGACAGUACUUGUGUAACGUAUGCGAGCACAGAUCUCAUACCAAAAACCAAGCGAGGGAACAUCAGAAAUGGCACGAGGGUUACACUUACGAGUGUGAAUUGUGCGGGCAGAAGUUCAGAAAAUCAACAUCCUAUCUGACUCACAUGAGGAAAUGUCACCCAACACAACACGUUUGCGAAUUGUGCGGCGAGAGUUUUGUCGGUAAACACGGUCUGCUGAUGCAUAAGAGCAAAACGCACAGACAUACUCAACAGAAUCCAACAAUACCACAAAAGAAUUCUGACACUUACUGUUCUGAAUGUCAAAUACAAUUUUUGACAAGUGACGCGUGGAAGAGACAUAUGCUCAACUCUUUCAAGCACAAGAUGAAGAACAAGGACGGGUCGCACUGCGCGAUAUGCGGCGGCGGCGUGCCGGGCCCGCUGGCCGAGCACCUGCGCGGGCACGCGCGCGCGCUGCGCCCGCCGCGUGCGCGCGCGCCGCCGCCCGCCGCCCGGCUGCCGUGUCAACAGUGUAAUGGCACGUUUUCGAGCAAAUCUUUGCUGAUUACUCAUACAAAACGCGCUCACCUCGGCGUGAAGUACAAUAGAAAUGUCGUGUGUGAAAUAUGCGGAAAGCAUUGCACUUCCAACGCCUCCCUCAAAUACCAUCAGCGCUCGCACACCGGCGAGAAGCCGUACUCGUGCGCCGUGUGCAACAAGAGGUUCUCGAGCAAGAACCACCUGAACAUACACACGCGGACGCACACGGGCGACCGGCCGUACGUGUGUGCGACGUGCGGCAAGCGGUUCACGCAGAAACCGGCGCUCAAUAGGCAUCAGAGGAUACACACCGGAGUGAAACCCUACGAAUGUCAGUUCUGCUCCAAGUGUUUCAGCCAAUCGGAUUCGUUGAAUGUUCACGUAAAAGCUGUACAUUUAAAAAUGCCCAUAAUCAGAAAAAAGGGGGGGGUGAAAGCUGAAGAUCGUCAAGAUGUGUAGUGGUCUUCUUCCUCCUGGCUUUAGUCCCGGUUUCAUCCUCACCACUCUGGAGAGAAGCCCGGGGUGUGUCUUUGACCAUGAAUAGAAUAGAUUUAUUUUCAAAACUGGAUACAAGGUAUCACUUAUUGACGUCACAUCACUUAAAUCUAAUUAUAACUACUGCCGCUUCCAAAGCGCAAGUGUAGAAGAAGCGGCGGAACAAACUACACUGCAGCAUGUUCAUCGGACGUCAAUUUACAAAUAUAGAGGUCUCUUAAAUCUAAAUCGUGGACGAAUGCACAUUGUCUACUAUGAAUGCAUGGAUUGGGUGAGUCAGGUUUUUGCACGAAGCGAUUCGCUUCUGAACUCCGCAAUCUUUGCAGGGGAACCUAACCCGUUUUGGAUAUCAAAUAGCAGGUACCCAUCACCGCAGAUCUUGCAUGGAAAAUACAUACAUAUAACCACGUCUAUAUCCCUUGCGGGGUAGACAGAGCCAACAGUCUUGAAAAGACUGAUAGGCCACGUUCAGCUGUUUGGCUUUAUGAUGGAAUUGAGAUUCAAAUAGUGACAGGUUGCUAACCCAUCGCCUAAAAGCAGAAUCCCGAGUUCAUAAGCCUAUCCCUUAGUCUCUUUUAACGGCAUCCAUGGGAACGAGAUGGAGUGGUCCUAUUCUUUUUUAU